UCAAAGCUUUGCUUUGUUUAGACGAGCACCUAGAAAAAUAGCCUGAGAUUGGAAGUGAAAAAACCAUAGUUUCCAUGGGGGAGGUAACGGAAAGUCGUAAGGAGAAGAGAUUCAAAAAAUUGAGGGAUGCGCCAAAAAGUCCAAUACCCAGCUCGCAACCGAAGAUCCAAAAGGUUCCCAUCAUGCUCCGGGAUCACAAAAAUUUCGACAAAUACUAUGUGCCAAGGGCAGUAGCAAUUGGCCCUUUCCAUCAUGAUAAUCCAAGGUGCAAGCUGGCACAAAAAUACAAGCGUAUGUUGACAUCAAAAUUUGCCGAAUUUGUUGGCCAGAAAGAUGAAGAUUUGUAUAAGAAGAUUGAGGAGAAGAUCAAAGAACUAAGGGAAUGCUACGUCAAGGAAGCAACAGAGCAUAUUAACGAUGAUAACCUCGCCUGGAUGUUGUUCUUAGAUGGGUGUUCAACCUUACAAUUCAUAUACUCCCUCAUGAACGAGCAUGAAGAGUUUGAGAUCAAAAGAGACCAGGUAGCCUUUGCACAGCAAGACUUAUUCUUGCUGGAGAAUCAAAUCCCAUAUCAAGUCCUCGAGCUGUUGAUGAGCUCAAGCGACAAACAUGAGGUUUUGAAAGACUCAAUCGAGAGGUUUGUUCAGAUGCACAUUAUUGUACCCGUAGAGAAGCAAUCAAAAGGGCAGGAACAGGAACAUAAGGUAGACAUAACAGAAAACACAGAAACAAAGCAACAAGAAGGCUUAACAACAGACACUGAUCAGAAGCAACAACCAAAAGAGCCCACUCAUCUUCUUGACCUUCUGCGCAAAAGAAUUCUAGGUCCACCAAAAAAGGAUGUACCAAAGAAAGAAGUUGGAGAGUCCCCUAAACAAACUUUUCGCAAUGUGCAGGAGCUUAGUGCAGCCGGUAUACAUUUUCAGCCCAGUAAGACUAACUUCUUGGGGGACAUAUCUUUUAAGUCUCAUUGCUUUGCAGGAUUCCUUAGUCUUCCUCCAAUAUCAGUAGACGACUCAACAAGGCCUAAGUUCAUGAAUUUGAUAGCCUAUGAAAUGUGUCCUGAUUUCCAAAAUGAUUACGGGGUUACCUCUUACAUAGGUUUCCUCGAUGCACUCAUUGAUCAUGCUGACGAUGUUAAGAAGCUAAGGUCAGCGUCUGUACUGUUCAACUUUCUGGGGAGUGAUGAAGAGGUGACUAAACUCUUCAAUGAGAUAGGCACUGACUCGGUGCCUAACACUGCCAUAUACCUCAGUGUUAAAGCCGAAUUAGAAAAGCACUACAAAACCAAGUGGAAGACCUGGAUGUCUCAGUUCUGUCACGAUCAUUUCAGUAGCCCCUGGACUAUCCUGGCUUUCCUUGGGGUCUUAUCAGCACUUGGGUUAAGCGGCAUCCAGACCUGGUACACAGUCCAUUCUUAACCCUCUCCCUGUGAGGCUGUAUAUACAUGCUUCAGUUGUUUUUACAUGCAUUUCUUCUUUCUGGUUUGUUUGGCUACAUGGUUUUAUACCUUCGAGUUGCCGGUGCCCGUACCGGUACCUAAAUAGUCCUCUAGUCAUAGUUUUGUGAGGGUCCUCUCAAUCUGGUAGUUCCAACCUUUCAGUUCUCAUUUAAAUUUCUGUGUGUGCAAGUGUGACUAUAAUAAGCCAAGUUGUCUUAAUUGGUUGAGGUGUUUAUCAGAAUGUAAUUUAAUUUUGUGUGGCCAAUGUGUUUGCAAGUUUUCGUUUAAGCAACCAAGUGA